UUGUGUUUUUUUUUUCUUUUGUCGUGCUUUUAUGAUCGCAGUCUGUCGGGGAAGAUCGUGAUUGGCCCAAUUAAGUGUAAUAUCGUUGAACCGUCACAGAGGAAAGGCAGGAACUGCUAAGUAAUUGCGUCGCUGUUAUAAGAUAAGACGUUGAAAAAAAUUAUGCCAAUCAUUCUUCUUCGCGGAAUGUGUGUCAUGCGAAAGAUUAGAGAUAACAUUUCUCUAAGCUUAAUCGCCUCUUUAAUUUUUCUGUAUCUUGAAAAUUUUCAAUUUUUGUGUGAUUUUAGUAUCUUCACCGAUUAGUUGUUUUUUUUUAAUUAAUACCGCAAUCUUGUGGUUGACAAAAGACAGUACAAAAUCAUAAUUUGUCUAACUAAAAAAUUUUUAUUUUUGUGUGACUUUAAUAUCUUCACCGAUUAGUUUUUUUUUUAAAUUAAUACCGCAAUCUUGUAGUUGACAGCACAAAAUCAUAAUUUGUCUAACUAAAAAAUUUUCAUUUUUGUGUGACUAAUAUCUUCACCGAUUAGUUUUUUUUAAAUUAAUACCGCAAUCUUGUAGUUGACAGCACAAAAUCAUAAUUUGUCAUAUAAGUAUUGUCAAAUCUGCUUUUGAACAGCCUAACGAGAUGUGAUCUGUGCUUUCUAUUUUAUCAAUAGCGGGUAUAUUCUACGAGAAUUGCUAUCAAUACACAGUACUAUACUAUGUAUGUACGUAUGUACAUACGUACAUACAUAGAAAAUAGCAAUAAGGGAGGGAAAGGAACUCGCGCGGCUCCACGUGCGCUUCGUGACGUGAUCUCCCGCAAAACGAUGGCGAGCCGAAUGUUCGGCAGCGCGACGGUGAACAAGCCUAAACAGCUGUACAAAUAUCUGUUGCGCGAAUGCGAAAAACUGCCGAAGCACACGCAGCAAUUUUACAAGCACUCGAUCAAGCAAAGCUUCAGGCAGCACGUCUCGGAGUCCGACGAGGAACGCGUGCAGCAGAUCAUGGAGCGGGCGCUGCUGGACGCCAAGUGGGUGAUACAAAAGUACAAUCAGCCGGGCAGUACUCCAACGUCCAAAUGAUAAAUAUUGACACACAAGUCGUAUUUUAACCUACGUGAAGCACGCGUGGCCAGAUUAGUAUAUCGUAGAUAGAAAAG